GAAUUUUUGAUAAAUCCUAGUUUUGGCUCGUGGGCUUAUGUCUGGCUCAUUCUCUCUCUCAGCCACUCGUUCUCUAUCUUAUCUCUUCGCCACAACAACCUCUCUCUUAUUUCUUCGCCUUUCUCUCUCAGCACUGGAGCUCCAUCCCCAAAUCUCCCAUCUCUCGGUGUUGGACCUUGAGCUCUCUCCCCCACCCACUGCCCGACCUCCUGCCCACCCUAAUGCUCCACCUCCCUCCCCUGUUGGCCCCAACGCCUGAGCUCCAUCUCCUUUCCCCUUUCCUUGCCACCGCUCGUCAACACGCCAGAGCCAACGCAGUGGUUGAGGGUGGGACGCCGGGCUGCCUCGCGCGCCGUACCUACCCUUCGCCACCUGCACGCUGGCCGCGGUCAAGGCGAUGGCCGCGCAGGUCGUCAUCGCCGAGCUGGGCUUCGCCGCAUGCGUUGACACCAUCGUGGGCAAAGCGUUCGUGCGCAGCGUGUCCAGCGACGAGCGGAAGUGGGUAAGCAUCAGACACGAGAUGCUCGUGAACUCGAGCCUGAUCAUCCUCAACGAGCCCACAUCGGGGCUCUACUCAACCGCCGUUGUGCGCCUCGUAGCCACACUCUUGGCGCUAGCCCGCAAGGGCCGCACAGUGGUGCUGUCCGUACACCAUCCGUCCUCUCGCGUGUACUGCAUGUUCGACUCUGUGCUGCUACUUGCCGAGGGCAGUUGCCUCUACUACAGCGCCGGCUGUGACGCCAUGGACUACUUCAUGUUCUGUGGCCGCGACGCCAGACUACUUUGUGCAUGGCAGAUCAAGGUCGAGCCGAGCAGGGGGAGCAGGCACGGGGCCUAGGGGGUGCGAUGGUUGCGGCAGUCUGAGCCGACUCAUUUAUUCUUUUCUGCCGAGAAUCUUUUCAGUACCGUCUUGUAAUCAUAGACCAACAUUAAGCUUCUAGGAAAUUUUUUUUAGUGUCGAUUGAUAACUAUAGACCGAUACUGAUACUUAUUAUCAAUGUCGGUUCAUAAAUCGGUACUAAAAAUUAUAAACUAUUAGUGCCGGGUAAUCAGUAUCAGUUUAAAAAUCGUCA